AUGGACAACGCAGCGGCGACGUUAAGUUCUCCAGCGCGAGGACCUCGAGUGAUGGGACUACUCAAACUAAUUAUGGACGUGGAAUCAACCACCAAUAACGAAGAAGGAGUAGCCAAAGUAUUAUCAAAAUAUCUAGUCGACCAGCUCGGAUGGAAAAGUGACCUUCGAUACGCUGAUCCUGGAAGGCCAAAUGUGCUGGCAGUACCAAUACCCCAACGCACUUGGGAGUGCAAGAUUCUCAUGAACUCCCACAUUGAUACAGUACCACCAUAUAUCCCAUACUCUGAGGACCAUGAAAACAUAUAUGGUCGCGGUAGUUGUGACGCAAAAGGCAGUAUCGCAGCCCAAGUUGUCGCUGUCCAAGAGCUACUGGAAGAAGGAAGAAUCAAAGCUGGUGAUGUCGCGGUCUGCUAUGUUAUCGGCGAAGAAAAGGAUCAUAAUGGUAUUAUCAAGAUGAAUAACGAAGAAGGACUCACUCCGCGCUAUAUGAUUGUGGGGGAACCUACCGAAAGUAAAUUGGCACGAGGACACAAAGGGGUAUUGAAAGCAGUUUUGAAAACAACGGGCAAAGCCGGCCAUUCUGGUUACCCUGAGGUCGGUGCCAGCGCAAUCGAUGCCAUGUCGGACAUUGUUGCCAGACUAGCACGGACCCAAUUUCCAGUCGAUCCUCAGCUGGGCAAAACCACGUGUAAUGUUGGAUCUAUUCAUGGUGGCGCUGCGCCAAAUGUAAUUGCUGCCUCAUGUAUCGCGGAAAUUCUUGUCAGAGUAUCUACAACAGUCGAAGAAGCAACCAGUGUUUUGCAACGGGUUGUUGAUGAGGUGAAAUUUCCUGGUGUUGAAGUGCAGCUAACAGUUACUGGUCGUGAAGGGGUUCGCUGCCAUACUGUGGAUAUAGGUAUAGAGACUUUCGCAGCCGCCUAUUUCACAGAUAUUGGCUACUAUACAGGACCAGCAAAACCUCUACUCUUUGGACCUGGAACCAUUUUAGUCGCACACUCUGAAAAGGAAUUCGUAGGGAAACGAGAGCUCGUCGACAGUUUUGCCGAAGGCUACGACCAACCUAUCAAUACUGGACUAGGUGAUAUUGCUCACCGAUUCCCUCGACAUGUGCCUUCACGAGUUCUCAGUCUCACUUCUGGAGCAGUUGUCUGGCGUCCUGCUUGUGAUAUCUGGGACACUGACAAUGCCAUCGUUGUACACAUUGACUUGCCAGGAGUUCCAAAGAGCGAAAUUGGAUUGGACGUCGUUCAAGAUCAAUUGACAGUCAGUGGCACCCAUCAAGGACCAGCUGGUUUCGAAUCUGCAAGCUCCUGUGUGCGAGAACGCAAUAUCGGGUCCUUCCGAAAGAUUGUUCGUCUCCCUGGCAAUGUGGAUGUCUCCAAGGUUACGGCCGAGUACCAAGACGGGCUGCUUGAAGUAAAGAUUCCCAAAACUCCUCCUGUUCACGGUCAAAAGAUUCACAUUGCCUGA